UGUUUUUCUUUCUCGUUUUUUGACACAACGUCAAGCCUGUGUAUUGAUGGCAUUGAUUUUCAUUCGAUUUUCGGAAUUGAAAUUCGGUGCUACUUUGAAUCAGUUCUAUUUUCUUAUUUAGUUUGCUUUAAAUAAAUUGAAAAGUAAAAGUCCGAUUCGGUGUGGUGUAAAAAAUGUUUGUGAAACCAUUUAAACUGAAAAAUAAUACGCAAAUCAAAAGUACGGAGCGAAAGAAGUUGCGUACAAAAAUUGAAACCGCAUUCGCACUCAACGAAGAUGAUCUGAAUAAAUUGUUGCCGAGCAAGAGUACGUUGAAUCAAGUGAAAUUGAUUGUUAAUGCCGGGCAAAUGGUCACCGUUUAUACAUGCGAUCGACGGCCAAUGUUCUUUGAAUUUAGCCCGAGCGGCGAUGAUACAAAGCAAGUGUUGGUGCCAACGGUUUAUUCGAUGUGGAUUUUGCCGGAGCUGGUUCCAUCAUUCACAACACAUGCAGCGGUUUUGCCUCGAUUGGCUGGUGGUGCUGAUUUAAUGCUUCCCGGUAUCAUCAAACAAGGUACUGGUUACUCAACAUAUGGAAAUUAUGCGCGUGAUGCGGUUGUUGCUGUGAAUCUAACAUCAAAUCGAAGUGCAGUGGCUGUUGGCCUAUUGGCACGAUCAAGUGCUGACCUGUAUAUGGCUGCCAAUCAAGGUGUUGGUGUGAAAAUUCUGCACGUUUUCGGUGAUAAAUUGUGGGGCCUUGAACCGGCAGUAUGUCUUCAAGUGCCAAAUGCUGGAGCUAUAGUUAAACCACCGACAAUGGAUGAUUUUCCAGCUCUUGGUGAAACGAGAAAACCCGUUGCCGUUGAAAAGAAAGUUAUUGCACCUGCGGCCGCUCCAGAGUCCGUGUCUGAGACACAACUCGAAACCGAUAUGCAAAAUGUGGAUAUUUCCAAAGACGAUGGCGAAUCGGCCGAAGAACAUGAUGAAUCUGCUGAAGUGGCUGAAUCACCGGACGAUAAAUUGAAACGAGCCUUUUUGUUGUCAAUCAAAAAAAUGGGCAAAAAACCACCAACACCACUGCUAACAAGUAAUUUCUAUCGGAAUCACAUUUUAGAAGCGGACAGUGGUAUCGAUAUCAAGAAAACAUCGUACAAAAAACUAUCGAAAUUCCUGCAAGAAAUGGCCAGCUACAAUUAUCUCACAGUCAAAGAAGAGCCGAAAGGUGUUGAAAAGAUUGUAGCCAUCAAUAUCACGCAUCCGGAUGUAGUGAAUACAAUAUUAAAUGUGUCAGACAGUGGGCCACAGUCUGAGUCGAAAGCCACUGGUUUGUUUGUUACCGAAAUGAAGGAAUUGUACACUGUAACGAGCGACACAAUGAAAUUCUUUAAUAUUUUCGACGUAAAGUGUGGUGAAGGCAUCGAACCGGCUCAGGUGAAAAAAUACGUUAAAGAAUAUGUUUGUAAUAAGAAACUUCAAGAUCCGGCCAAUAUUCGUCAAAUUCGUGUGGAUGAAAUGCUGCGCGAAGUGUGCCAAUUGGAUGAAAGCAACAAAUUGGUGCCGUUUGAUGUGAUCUUAGCGACGAUUACCGAUCGCAUGGAUCAUAGCUAUGCCAUGCGAAAUCGCAACGAACUGAAAACUAGCGGCAAACAAAAUACCAUCAAAAUGACACUGGCCACGAGAUGCGGAAAUAAACAGGUCACUCUGAUUGAUGGCAUGGAAUUGUUUGGUAUUCGAUUGCAAGAAUUUGCACAAGCUUGUAAGGUCGGUGUUGCGGCCAGCACAUCGAUCAUUCGUCCCGACUGUCCGGCCAACGCUAACAAAGGCCAGCUAAUGGUGCAAGGCAAUCAAGUUCGAUUUGUACACAAACUGCUCACUGAAACGUAUAAAAUUCCACCGAAAUUCAUCACCGGACUCGAUCUUGCCAAAAAAGAGAAAAAGAAAAAGAAGUAAAACACGAACACAUAUUUUUGAUUCGGUUGAUGUUUGUCAUUUUUAUCGUUUCACAAUGAAUAAAAUAUGAUUUUAAACAAA